CUCACGCAUCUCUGCACAACAAACAACGUCGCCAUGUGACAAAGCGCAGGACAUCAUCCAUUCUGAAUUGCUCUCUAAAAGUUCAUACGGCAAUGUGCGCACGCAAAUGGUUGAUCUCCUCCUCUUCCCUCCACCGAGCACCAUGAAUGCACAGCUCGGUCGCAAACGAUCGCGUCUUGCACUGGACUCAGACGACGAUGAAGCGCAGCAGCAACGCCAGCCUUCGCCAGCACUCUCUUCAAUGAGCGACACACUCAAGAGAUCAAAGACUCAAUGUGAGCUUGACGAGCUGGACAUCAUCGAGCCAAGAGAUGCCUGGACCGUUGACAUAGGCGCCAUCCUGUCCAGCAAAAUGCUUGCUGCACCACCAGGCGGUGGACUUAAGCCCCACAACAAUUGGCAAAGGUAUAGGAAGGCAGAGUCUACUGUAGUGCUCUGUGUACAAGGAAACCUACAGCUGCAUUACAAUUUGUUAUGCUCCGCUUUGGAUGAUCUUUACGCCUUAGCACCCUCGCUACAGGCUCUGAUACUCUGCCACGACCCUUCUACACAUAAGCCUUCCACGAAUGCGCCUUUCUCGUUGCCUUUGGUCUCGGCAGUGGAUCCACCGGAUAACCAUUUCGUUCGUCUAGGAUUACUUCACCCUCUCGGAGGAGGGAAGUUUCCCUUGGAUGCGCUCGCGGUUGUUGAUAAAAGAGGUCGUCGAAGACUUGUACUGCCGUUUGGGUGGGGUGCUGGGAAGCAUGCGGACACACCAGCCGGUCGAAGCAUACAGAACAGGAUGAUGAUGCUACUGAAGCACUGUAUCAAGACAUUGGAGAAUGAGGUAUGAAGAGAGACCAUGAUACCCAAGACUAAAUAAGAGUUUCGGCACUCAACGCUAAUUACCGCAUGUCACGUCAACACAAUGGAGAGAUCAAGAUUAUUAUCUGUCAA